AUGGCUCGCACAAAACAAACUGCUCGUAAAUCAACCGGUGGUAAAGCUCCUCGUAAGCAACUUGCAACUAAAGCAGCACGAAAAAGCGCACCAGCCGCUGGUGGAGUAAAGAAACCUCAUCGUUAUCGACCUGGUACUGUCGCUUUACGUGAAAUCCGCCGAUACCAAAAAUCGACUGAACUACUUAUCCGUAAAUUACCAUUCCAAAGAUUGGUACGAGAAAUUGCUCAAGACUUUAAGACAGAUUUACGAUUCCAAAGUUCGGCUAUUGGAGCUUUACAAGAAUCAGCGGAAGCUUAUCUUGUAGCUCUUUUUGAAGACACCAACUUGGCAGCGAUUCAUGCUAAACGAGUGACAAUUCAACCUAAAGAUAUCCAACUCGCAAGACGUCUUCGUGGAGAACGGGUUUAG